CGCUCUCCGUUUUAUUGUUAUUUUGCAUUUAUCUUGCAUUUGAUCAAGGGUGGAUGAGUGACGCAGCAAUAAAACAGUCGAUUUUUCACCUUCUUUUCCGAAGCCAAUUUUAAAUUUUCCCACUUUUUCCCUGGCCUUUGCAUUUCAUAGUUACACCCUGCCGAAUUCUUCUUUCUAAUACCCCCUUUUGCUCUCUCCUUUAAUACUGUCGCUCGAUGACCACCUCCAACACAGUCGCAACGUUGCCAGAGGAGCUGUACAUACUGGUUUUCAAGCAGCUUCCUGGAUUCCGGGAUGUCUGCGAAUGCAGCAGGGUGUGUCGACAAUGGCGCGUGUUUGCGGACAGCGAUCCUGUCUGGGGCGCGCUUCUCCGCCAAAACCUUGUCAACACAAGCGACGACGAUCUCUGCAACCACAUUGACGACAGCCACGCGAGGCUUCCCAAACACAAGCGCAUAUUCGCCACCUGGUACCAGCGCUAUCGCGGAUUCACAGACAGCUACACGCGUAUGCGGCGGGCGGUCCAAAAGCUCGAAAUGUGGGCGCACGACCACAGCCCGCAGCUCCUGCGCAGCCUGUCCCCGGGGCUCGGCUGGAUGGGCAGCGAGUCCGUGCCUGUGAGAGAGCUCCUGCGUGUCGUCAGUGAUUCCCCAGCCAUGCGUGAUUUCCUCAUGGCCUACCAUAUGCAUGACGGCCAGCGGCGCCAGGAGCGAUUUCUGGAUUUUGGGCUGUUCGGGUCCUAUCUGUGCUAUGGUGAGUUCUGCUCGCUUUCUUGGCUGUCUUCGCGUAUGCUGCAGGUUGUCGCCAUGGGCCAGUUCAAGAUCCUGGUGUUCGCCUGGUGCAAUGCCACGAGGAACUAUCUGGGCAUUCUGGUCGACUGCCCUGCGAGCUGUACGCAGCAGAUCCUGCAUCAUGUUGUUCAGCUGCAGCCGCAGAGCUUCAGGUUUGUCGACAAGGGUCUGUUUGGCGACUUCUUCUCCGCAUACGUCGAUGCCCUGGCUGACGGCCACCAUGACAUUGACAACGGCGCCAUCUGCAUGAUGCCGAACUGCGGGCCCAACACCAGCACCAGCGUCUCCCACGGUAUCCGCACAACCGUCUCCGUAAUGUUCUGCUCCGACGAAACCUCGCGUUUCCGCGUCUACCGCUACCAAGUGACAUUUGAAAUCGUCGAUCCUGAGGAGCUUGGCUUUGAUUCUGUGCAGUUGAAGGACCGCCAUUGGCUUGUGCAUUAUAGCGACGAGCAGCUUGCGCAGAGUGGUGGACCUGGGGUUAUUGGCCAGUUGCCGGUUCUUUCAAGGGAGUCGCCGUAUUAUAGGUAUUGCUCGAGGAUGCAGGAUGAGGAAGGUGGGCCUGCGGUGGUGGCGUUUGAGGGCCAUUUCACUAUGGUUCCUGGGACUCUGGAGGAGCCGCUGGGCCAAGAUAUGAUCUUGUUUGUGCCGUAUGUAGAGGUCCCCAUGCCUUUGGAGGUACUCUAGUCACUUGAUAUUACCCCCAUACGUGUUACCUACUAUGAGAUCACCUUUACAUUCUUGGAAUAACUAAUUUCUUCCCACUGUUUUUUCUUGUGGUAAAACUAGAUAUAU